AUGGCGCUCGGGCGUUGCAAAGUGUACUUUUUGGGCUCGCCCGUGGUCGACUCGCGUUCGACGCGCCCGCGCGCGCGCGAUCGAUCGCAAACGGGCGUGCGAGCUCGGAAUAGGAUUUUAUUCCGCGCCGAUGAGGUCGAUGGCGACGAGGCACGCGUCGCGGGGCUCGACGCGCGGGCGAGACACGCGAGGGAGGUGCUCGGAGCGAGCGUUGGUUCGACCAUUCGCGCGGGCGUGAUCGACGAAGGGCGGUGCUCGGGGACGAUCAUCGCGGACGACGGGGACGAUGGAGAGUUUAUCGUCGCUCUGAGUGCUCGAGAGGGGUCGACGCGGGCGCCGAGGGUGGACCUGUUGCUCGCGACGCCAAGGCCGAAGGUUUUGAGACGAAUGUGGGCGCCGCUCGCGGCGAUGGGCGUGGGGCGCGUUUUCCUGGCGAACGCGAGCAAGGUGGAGCGGUAUUACUUUGACUCGAAAGCAUUGGAGCGCGAGACGAUUCGCGAGGAGAUUUUGAGAGGACUAGAGCAGGCUGGCGAUUAUAUAGUGCCGCAAAUCGGCGUCGCGAAGCGGUUGCCUCCGAUUAUCGACCGCCUCGCGGGGAAGCUCGAAGGCAACGACAUGACGAACGGAUUCGAGUGGUUGCUCGGAGGCGAUAGGGCGUGGACGCUUGAUGUUGACGUUUUGCUCCUGGCACAUCCCGGAGAGUCUCGAACGAGCGUGGCUGAUGCGCUCGCGGGAGUGGACGAGAACUCAAGAGUGCUCAUCGCCAUCGGUCCGGAGGGCGGAUGGACCGAAUACGAGCUCGACAUGCUCGAACACGCCGGAUUUAGAAAAAUUGCGCUCGGUACAAGAACGCUCACGACGGACGUGGCGUGCAUCUCCCUUAUUAGUGCCGUUCGCGAGCGGUUGCAGGCGUGGGAGUAG